GAGCGCGAGCGCUUUUUGAGUGAAUGACGUCGGCCGGACCAUGUGACCCAGAGCUGAAGAUGGCGGCGGGGCAGCAGUGGGUGUUGGUGGAGAUGGUUCAGGCUUUCUAUGAGGCACCAGCCUAUCAUCUAAUCUUAGAAGGAAUCCUCAUAUUGUGGAUUAUAAGACUGCUUUUCUCCAAGACGUACAAGCUGCAGGAGAGGUCGGAUCUCACUGAGAAGGAAAAAGAGGAGUUAAUAGAAGAAUGGCAGCCAGAGCCUUUGGUUCCGCCUGUGUCUAAAGACCACCCAUCCCAAAACUAUGAUGUCGUCACUGGCCCUCCAAGCCACAAAAUCAUUGUAAAUGGGAAAGAGUGCAUUAACUUUGGCUCAUUUAACUUCUUGGGCCUGCUCGACAAUGAGCGCGUUAAGCAAAAGGCCCUGGCAUCUCUUAGAAAGUAUGGUGUGGGUACCUGUGGUCCAAGAGGCUUCUAUGGAACUUUUGAUGUUCACCUGGAGUUAGAGGAGCGCUUGGCUAAGUUCAUGAGAACAGAAGAGGCUAUUAUCUACUCGUAUGGUUUUGCCACCAUAGCCAGUGCUAUCCCUGCAUAUUCAAAGAGAGGCGACAUUGUGUUUGUGGAUGAGGCGUCUUGUUUCUCCAUCCAGAAGGGCCUGCAGGCUUCCCGCAGCUUCAUCAAGUACUUCAAACACAACGACAUGGAGGACCUGGAGAGACUGCUGAAGGAGCAGGAGCUUGAGGACCAAAAGAAUCCACGCAAGGCAAGAGUCACAAGAAGAUUUAUCGUUGUUGAGGGCUUAUACAUGAAUACUGCAGAUAUCUGCCCUCUUCCAGAGCUGGUGAAACUAAAGUACAAGUACAAAGUUCGCAUCUUUUUGGAGGAGAGCAUGUCUUUCGGUGUACUGGGAGAGCAUGGGCGAGGAGUUACAGAGCAUUUUGGAGUCAAUAUUGAUGACAUUGACCUUAUCAGUGCAAACAUGGAGAACGCAGUGGCCUCCAUAGGCGGGUUCUGCUGUGGACGAUCAUUUGUCAUCGAUCAUCAGCGUCUGUCUGGGCAAGGCUACUGUUUCUCAGCUUCUCUUCCACCUAUGCUGGCUUCUGCUGCUAUUGAGGCCCUGAACAUCAUGGAGGAGGACCCAGAGAUCUUUACUGUCCUGAGAGAAAAGUGCAAACACGUCCACAAAACACUGCAAGGCAUUCCAGGGUUGAAGGUAGUCGGGGAGGCGUUUGCUCCAGCACUCCAUCUUCAGCUGGAGAACAGCACAGGAUCCAGAGAGAGUGACGUCAGGACGCUACGAAGCAUCAUUGACUACUGUUUGGACAGGCAGAUAGCUCUGACUCAGGCUCGUUACCUAGACAAAGAGGAACGCUUUCUUCCACCACCCAGCAUCAGAGUAGUAGCCACAGUGGAGCAGACUGAAGAGGAAAUUGAGAAAGCAGCUUCCUGUAUCCGAGAGGCUGCUCUCACUAUACUGAAGUGAUUGCAGGUACUCCUUCAUGAUGACACUUUGAUUACAGCAUCAGGACCAUCAUCUGCAGACUGUUCCCCUGUUCCCAUUGGCUUUAGAAGUCUGUAUCAGAAGAGAACACUGAACAGCUCAGCUGUGAUGAGACACACAGUGCUUUAGGCGUUGCUGCUGACACUGGAGACCUGAACUACACUUACUGCAGACUCCACUCAGUCUUCUGUCUUACGUUUCCAGACCUGAACGAGCAUAAUCACCAAACCUGUUCAUGUUUCACUCUUUCACUACGGAUACGACUUCUAAAAUGCUGAUCGUUGUUGUGAAUCUUACAGAAAUGAAUGUAAAACCGUUCAGCUAAACUAUUUAUUUUCUGUAAUAUGCCUUAAUUUUUGGUUGUGAGUUUUUACUAAAAUACAAUAAAUGUUUAAACCAAAUUUAAAGACCAUGCAAAAAUAGCAGAUUUUAUACUUGAGAUUACUUCUAAAAAUACUGUAUUGCGAUGUUUCCCUCCCUCAUCAUCAACAUACUGAUUCAUUUCCACACAAAAACAUUUCAGAAGCUCAAAAAUGCAUUUUUUUAAGCAAUAAGAAAUUAAUUUAUUUUUACUUGAUUUGUUCUGUUGUUUUUUGAUAUGUUGCAUGAAUCUGUCAACGUGUUUUGAUGGCAUGACUGCACUUAUCAAUGUGGACCUACUUCAUACUAUUUUGUACUGCUUUGCUAUUAUAAAUACUUUAUUUCUUUUUCUUUCCUAUUUUACUAGAUGGACACUGUUUAUUUUAUUUUGCUGGGACAAUAAUUUAAGCCAUAAUCAUUUGCUUAUUGACUGCUAGUGAAAAUUAAUAAAAGAAAUUUCAGCUUUAAUGAGAAAUAGAUGCUUUGGUAACUAUACACACAAGAUAUAGAUACAUUGUGUAUAAUCUACCAUAAACUGCUGCUGACUGUGUGGGGUUUCCUUUAACAUAAUAAACUGUUUAUGGGG